ACAUGGACCGCAACUUGGAAGUCCGACAUAUGACCAAUUUGGAUACCCUGGUGCACAUUUUGGAUACCAGCGAAGGAUGGCGCUCGUUCCUCUACCAAAUCCCGAAAGACCUGAACGAUCUUUCCAAGGACGAGUACGUGCUGAAGUACGAUGGGUCGAUCGAACGUCUUCUCGAAACAGAAAGUGCGAAGGAAAAAACGUCCCCGGCGAGGUUAUUGCUGGAAGAGUGGAGUAUAUCGGGAAAGACGCGGCCCACUGUUGACCAUUUGCUGGCGUUACUUGUGCGUGCGAAGCAAAUCCGAGCGGCGGAAUAUCUGACAACCUUGCUGCGGGAAAAACCUCCAGCACGGCCCACCGAAGGGCCUGGGGCUCCGAUAGACGUGAGACUGCCGGAAGACCACCACACGGAGUCCUUGUUAAAUGGUAUCAGCUACCCAAGCUCUACCAUGCUGCAGCAAAAUGUGGAGUCGGUAACGAUCGACAACAAUCGAGACUAUUACGACAAGCUCGGGCCGACGAAGCGGGUCGAGAUUGAGGAUAGUUUAUCAUCCAUCGCAGACGGCGAGUUACCCGUCUUUUCAACGAUCAAUAACAACGCACGUCCUGGUGGGGUCGACGGAAAAUUACCACGCGUAGUGGAAGAAAAUUCGGCUUCGUCGAGUGGUCUACCACUGAUUUCCGCGCUCGGUUUGCAAGGGGACGAGAAGGCACCAGAGGAAGCGUUUGAGUCGUCUAAGCUACAAAACAACCGAAAUUAUCAGCCAACAGAGAAUCACGAUGAACGGGAAGUCCCAAACCUAUCUAUACUUGGAACUGCUAAUAGCAGGCAAGAUGGUAAUGCGGUUGAACAACAGGAAGCUAUGCCUGCCUUAUCAGCUUUAAUGAGCGAUGCUGCCGAAAGUCAGCAGAAUCAUUCAUCAAGCACCAAUAGAACGCAAGACAGUAUACCAAUGCUGUCGAUGCUUGGUACGGAAAGUACCAAUUCUACUGAUAGUGCAAGCGAUUCCGAUUAUUCUGGCGCACAAAGUGUGAAUCCUGUGAGUUCUCUAAUGGAAUUUUCUUGUUCACCUUCCGUCGUAGAAUAUACCUACGAACAGCUACAUGACGCAACUGGUGGAUUCGAUUUGACCCCUUUUACCAAUGGUGACGUUAUGUCACCCAAUGGCCGUUCGAUUGGUGCUGGCGGUUUCGGUUCCGUAUUUCUUGCAGUUAAUCUGUCCCGAUCGAUUCCGGUGGCGGCUGUCAAACGGCUACUUCCUGACGGACACAAGUUUAGGGAAAAAUUCGCACUCGAGAGGGACAUCCUUUCCAGACAUUCCCACCCGAACGUGGUCCGCUUGCUCGGUUACUGUGAGACCGGUCCACACUUGUGCCUAGUGUACGAGUACCUGAAAGACGACAACCUAGAGAUGGCCCUUUCGAUGGUUCGAGACAACCGGCGGCGAAUGGACGCGUCCCGGCGCCUGAAGUACCUACGUGACGUCGCCAGUGGAAUCGCAUUCCUGCACGAGCGGGUCAAUGUGAUCCAUCGGGACAUAAAAUCGGCGAACAUUCUGCUCGAUGGCUCGGUGGCGAAGCUGUGCGAUUUUGGGCUAAUUAGGUUAGCUGACUUGGCUACGGCAACGGCCAUCAUUGGCACACACCCGUACAUGGCUCCCGAGGUGUUGCGUGGAGACGUUUCGCCAGCGCUAGAUGUCUAUGCGUUCGGAGUCGUUAUCGCCGAAGUCGUAACCGGGGAACCGGUGUUGGCCGAGCAAGAAUCUCGCAGUGAUGCGGACCUCGCCGGGUACAUUCGGCGCCAACAGGAUAAGGAUUUAUCCGCUUUCGUUGACAGACGCGCCAUAGGGGCGGAGCGAGACGAAUGGUGGAUCGCCGUUGGUGGCCGCUUGCUCGAAAUUUCCGUAAAGUGUUUGGAAGAGAAGCGCCUUCGAGAGAACAUUGGUCAGGUUUUAUCGAAAAUCGAACGCAUCCAGUGAAUCGAUCAAAAGCAAUGGAAUGCAAUCAAACAUACAUUCGUGCCUUUAGAAUAAGUUUAUCUUUCAUGGAGAGACAAAAUAACGUUAGCAAUAUCGUAAAAGAAAUACUCAUAUCGUAGCGAUUCAUGGUAUAUGAUUCGCUCGCUGUUAAUUUUAUAGAUUGAUAAUUGUUUUCUUAAUAAAAGAGGGUCUAUAAUCAUAUGAAC